AUGUUCCAAUCUUCUGGAUUCGGCAGUGGCGGCUUUGGCGGUCAACAACAACAGAACACAGGAUUCGGAUCCGCCGGCGGCUUUGGCGCUCCCGCUGCAGGAGGAUUUGGGGCUGCCCCCAAUACUGGCUUUGGAGGCGCCGCACAAACCACAGGAGGAUUUGGUGCCACACCAGCAGCCGGCGGCUUUGGAGCUGCCCCAGCUAACUCAGGAUUCGGAGGAGGCGGUUUUGGAGGUUCCAGCGCAGGUUUUGGAGUACAAGCACAGGCUCAGCCGCAGUCCGGAUUUGGUGGUUCAUCCUUUGGAGCCGCCCCAACUUCAACUGCCGGUGGAUUUGGAGGAUUUGGAGCAGGUUCUACAGCAACUGGAGGUUUCGGAGCUAACACUGGAUUCGGCGCAAAGCCUGCGACAACAGGAUUCGGAGCGCAGCCCUCAGCCGGCUUCGGUGCCGGUGCCAAUCCUGGCUUUGGAGGUGCGGCGACAAACACCUUUGGAGGUGGAGCGGGAAUGUUGGGCGGUGGAUUGAACGCCAACCAGGCUGCGUCUGGCACAGCCAACCCCCCUUUCAGCCCAUAUGUCGAAAAGGAUCUCAGCUCAGGACAAAACAGUCACUACCAGAGUAUCACAGCCAUGCCCGCCUACCGCAACUAUUCGUUUGAGGAGCUUCGCAUGCAAGACUAUCAGCAGGGACGCAAGUUCCCUGGCCAAGCAGGCGGUUUCGGUGCCGCUACCCCUGGCUUUGGACAACAGCAACAGCCAGCGGCUGGCGGAUUCGGCGCCGCUUCCGCACCUGGUGCCUUUGGAGCAGGAAACACUACGUCCGCCCUUGGCGGUUUUGGAGCAGGCUCUUCAGGAUUCGGAGGAGCAGCUACCUCUGGCUUUGGUGCUGGGACUGGUGCCUUCGGAGCAGCACCCGCAGCCACAACUGGCUUUGGAGCUGCACCCGCAGGUGGAUUUGGCGCAGCAUCAUCUGCUUUCGGCGCUCAACCUGCCGCUGGCUUUGGAGCAGCUCAACCCACAACAGGAUUCGGAGCAUCGGGAGCCUUUGGUGCCGCUGCACCCAAGCCCGCAACAUCAGGCUUUGGAGGUUUUGGAGCGACGGCAACUAGCCAGCCCGCCUCUGGAUUUGGCAGUGGAGCAUUCGGAGCUCCAGCCGCAGCGCCUUCCAUGUUCGGUGGCGCCGCUGGUGGAACCACCAGCGCCUUUGGAGCACCAGCCGCAACUACAACUUCAGCAUUCGGUGGAUUCGGAGCAGCCACAUCAACUGCCCCUGCUGCGGGUGGAUUGGGAUUCGGACUAGGCGGUGCUGGUGCGUUCGGAGCACCCAAGCCCGCAACCAACUCGCUCUUUGGUGCCCCCGCUGCUAGCGCCGGACCUGCCUUUGGUGGAUUUGGAGCCAACCCAGGAGCUUCCGCAGGAGGAGGACUCUUCGGAGCCGCUUCAUCUGGAUCAUCCCUUUUCCCUGCUACAUCUACUGCCGGUACAGGAGGACUCUUUGGCGGUGGUGUUACCUCUGCUCCUGCAUUCGGCGCUUCCUCUGCUUCUACCAGCUUGUUUGGAGCCAAGCCCGCUACAACUGGAGGACUCUUUGGCACACCCGCAGGCUCUACUGGAUUUGGCGCUGCUCCUGCUUUCGGAGCCGCCCCUGCUUCUAAUAGCUUUUUUGGAGCCUCUACGACUGCGGCCCCCAGCCCAUUCGGCGCCAGCACUCUCGGCGGAGGAUUCCUCGGCAGCUCUACCAAUAUGCAGGCUGCUCAGCCCGCCAUGGUUGCAUCUGUGAGCGGCAACAUUUACGGCGACAACCCCUUGUUCCAGAGAGAUACAACCACUGCCGCCGCCAAGACCCAGCCUGCCAUCUUGUCGCGUGCAGAACCCGCCCAUAAACUUCCCGCUUUGGUUCCCCCAGUUCGUUUCAGCCCUCGUCAGACCCAAGUCCGUCUGCGCCCUACCUCAACUGCGACUUUCUCGUCCAGCGUUGCUGGAGGCGACCCUAAUGCAAGCCGCAAGAGCCUCUUGCUCUUGGACGGUAUCAACGACGACUCUGCAUUCGCUUCUGAGGACUACACUCCUCGCCGCAGCGUCAAGAAGCUGCAGUUGAAGCCAAGAAAUGUGGAGGGCGAUUUCAACUCUUCCCAGCAGUUUGACUCUCAGAGAUCCGCUACUUUUAACUCACAGUUGGAAGAGAGAGCUGCCGACUCUUUGAUCAGGAACCGAUCCUUGAAUGGCGGAAGAAAUUCCGAGAACCUCACUCCCCUUGCUGGCUCCCAGAGCCAGUUGAACUCUAUCCGUUACGAGAAUGUUGCCGCUCCUUCACAUGCGUCGGGUAGCAAGGUUGACGGAGAAUACUGGAUGUCACCUUCGUUGGAGGAGCUCCGCAAGUUGUCUCAGGCCGAGCUUGCCAAGGUCAAGGACUUCAAGGUUGGCGUUCCUGGAGUCGGAAGCGUCUCCUUCUUGGAGCCUGUUGAUCUUACCACCGUUCCAUCGUUGACCUCCAUCUGUGGCAACAUUGUCCAGUUCGCCCACAAGAUCUGCGUUGUCUAUCCCGACGAGGAGAACAAGCCAGAACGCGGCAAAGGAUUGAACGUCCCUGCCUUGAUCUCUCUGGAGCGCUGCUGGCCUGUCGACAGAAGCACCCGUGAGCCCAUCAUUGUCGACAAGAACUCUCCCGCCUUUGCCAACCACGUCAAGCGCCUCAAGAGACAAUCCGAGACUGAGUUCCUCGACUUUACCGCUGAUAACGGAACCUGGACUUUCAAAGUGCGCCACUUUUCCAAGUACGGCCUGAGCGACGAUGAGGAAGAUGAUCAGGAGCAUUCUGCCCAGGGUCAGGCACAUACUGGACAUCACGGACUCUCGAAGUCCACUGUUGCCGCUGUCGCUGGCGCCACCGCUGCAGCCGCCGUUGCCGCUGCCGCUGCCUACCGCACCUUUGGAUCAUCCCAUAACGAACACACUCCUACCCCUCGCCUUUCCGAUGCCAUGGACAUGGACCAGGACGAGUCUUCUGGAUCUGAGACUUCCUUUCGUCGCAGCACACUCACCCGCCCUACCAAGUCAAGCGACCCUCAGCGCCAAAAUGUGAUGAGAGCGUCCCUGUUUGGAGACUAUCCCUCGAGCCAGGAGCGCCAGACGAAGCGCGGCAGCUUUUGGUCGAGCACAUCUUCAAACAACUCGGAACAGGCAGAUUCGAGGGAAGAGCAUGCUGACGGCCUCGGAGCCGAGAAGAUCCGUCCAUCGUUCCAGCAGGAGUAUACAAACGAGACUCUGCAUAAUCAUCCUCCACGCAAGUUUACGCGUUCAUUGUACGAACAGUCGUUGCUCUUCCGCAAGGGCAACCUUCUCGCCGAUGCCGGGUUGAUGAUGGGUCGGUCCUGCAGAGUCGGCUGGGGACCCAAUGGCAUGAUGGCCGCUUGUGGCACGAUCUGCGGAUUUGAGGCCAUCAAGGAGAGAGCUGACCGCCCCAAAGGAAAGGAAGUUGUUGACUCUCAGGAGAUCUCGCCAUCAGUGGUGCAGCUCUCGAAGCUUAAAGUGGUCGCCGCUGCCAAGGAGGUUGAGGUGGAGCGUCACACAAAGUCGCUCAACGCACUUCUCCAGAACACAACCAUCACUCUGGAUCAGAACAACGAACCCAAGGCCAGCAUUGUUCAGGGAACGUCGUUUACAGCUAUGAUGAACAGUCUCAAGGAGCAGGAGCAUAAUCUCUCGACGGAAGAAGUAUACGCGUGGAUUCUCGGACAAUCGCUGUUUGACUCUCAACCUACAGCAGCCAACAUUGCAGAGAUGCCCAAAGCGGCACAGGAGUCGUACGAGGCGAUUGGCCGUCGUGUUCGGUGCGGCAACUGGCUGUCGCAUGUCAUCAAGCCAGCCUUGGAGUCUGAUUUACAGAGAUUGGAGCAGUCGCAGGGACAGACCAUCACUGGAGAUACCAUCUUUACGUUGUUGGCCAACAACAAGCGCCAGAAGGCCGUCAUUGCCUCUAUCCAGGCUAAAGAUCCUCGUCUUGCAACUCUGAUUUCACAGUCUGGCCGAGGAUCAAGGCCUCUCACCGGAGUGGAGGAUCAAUUGGCACUUUACAAGAAAUCGGGUGUCGAGUCGAGCAUUCCCACCGAUUACUUGAAGGUGUAUGCACUAUUGUGCGGAGCGCUGACGGUCAACGUGGCAGCCCAAGGUGCGCCCCGCCGGUAUGUGACGGAUGGCCUAGAUUGGAGGCGGACGUUUGGCCUUCACCUGUGGUACAGUAACACGCCAGGUGUCAACCUUGCCGAGGCCGUGAACGAAUAUGUUCUGUCGAUGUCGGAGAACCCAGCGGUUGCCAAACCCGUGCCUUGGUACCAGAGGAACAAGGAGAACCACGACCCUGAGCACUACGACAUCUUGUUCCAGUUGAUGGCUCUCUUGACGAUCCCAUCCAAGAGUCUCGAGGACGCGCUUCAUCCUCUUGGAAUCUCGCCCGCAGCCCUUGACAACCGUCUCAGCUGGAUCUUUUACAUGGUUCUCACGCAGUCGUUGCACAUCAGCGGGUUCCGUUCGACAUCAUCACACUCCAAAAUAUGCGUGGACUUUGCGUUCCAGCUGGAGAGUUUGGGCCUUUGGGAGUGGGCAGUCUUUGUGGCAUUGCACCUGGAGACAGCAUUGGCCCGAGAAACUGCAGUUCGCCAGAUACUUGAGCGAAACGUCCAGUUGGAUUAUCGUAGCAUUGUUGGCUUGAUCGAGACCGAAGAGUUGGCGGAAGAGAGAAGGAAAGCUGAGUUUGUGACGCAGUCGCUGUUGGUCCCUGAGGAGUGGGUCUGGGCUGCCAGAGCUACUCGUGCCAAGUAUGAAGGUACUCAGGCUCAGGAGGUGCAGGGCUUGUUGAAGGGAGGUGAGGUCCAGCGAGGACACAACUUGAUCGUGUCAACUUUGGCUCCCGAGUAUAUCCUGAACGAGGAUCUGAAGGCCCUGUCCAACAUGCUGGCGAUGGUGGACCAGAGCAAGGUCGCUGGUUGGGAGAAUGGCGGAGAGAUCUACCAAAGGUACUUGGAUUGCUGUUCUGGCUAUGAGGGCACUGUGAGCCGGUUGCGGCUGAGCAGCAAGGUCACCUACGCCAACGACCUUGUUCCAGCAGAAGAUAUCAAGGCGCUUCAGAAGGAGGUUGAGGUGUUGUUAGAGCGUUUGCCAUUGUUGUUGAAGCACAAGGGCACAGGCGCUCAUCCUUCCUUGGAUGCCUGCGUCACCGAGAUGGCCUCCAAGUGCACCCACCUCCUGCGCGACCUCAACGAUCUGUCGAUUCAGCAGAGCUCGUCGUUCACAGAUCUGCCAUUGACGGAGGAUCAAAGGAUGAGUGCUAUCCAGCAGUUCAGCAGCGAGCACUUUGACAACUUUUUGAAGUCUGCCGAGAUGUCCGCCUACUAG